AUGCUUCCUGUUGUGCGGGCGGACCUGCACUGUUCUGCUGAGAUUAAUGGGGAGAACGUGUGCGAUUGGAUCAACGACCACACCGGAGUAGGAAUCGCCAUUCUCCUGGGCAUCCGUGAGUUCUUCACUCAUUUGCACCACAUCGCCUUGAAAUCCAAGACUCAUCAUGCAUCACGCCCCUCUGCUCCCACUCCCACUGCAUUCACACCAUCAGUCGGCACUGUGGUCUUCUUCCUCUUCCUUUUCGCGCACAUGCGCGCGGACCAGUCCUCCCGCUGGUCCCUCCCGCCCACCGCGCCCUCGCAGGACUACCUCCGCGCCAUAUCCCCCGCGCCGCAGCUGCCGCCCAUCGCAUCGCGCAGCGCAUCGCCCUUCCCGUUCGCUGCCGCGGCGGGGUCGUCGUCGUCGCCGAAGAAGGACACGUUUGAUGGGGAGACGGUUCGGCCGGGGAGCUAUCAGUAUGUGAACACGUUCGCGAAUUUUGGGACGAGCAGUACGACUUCGAGCCUCGUGCGUCCGCCGCCUGCGUACGACUCGCCGCAGAUGCGCUCGUCUGUGCAGGCGGGGCAGUAUCAUGGCUUUGCGAUCUAA